ACUAAUCAACAACUUGACAAAAUUCAAUUUGGCAUAGCAUCUCUCUGUUUACUACCAGUGUCCCUAAAUAUAGGGUAUGCAAUCCAUGGAUUAUUAUUAAUUAAAAAACACACCUAUUUUUGUGUCCUUGCUGAAUUUUUGAAAUUCAUCUAAAAAAUAGGGUGUACUUUUUCUCUCGCGGCUACACCCUUAAUUACUAGAAGACCAAUCUUGAUACCUAUAAUAUCUGAUUAUGUAUCAGCAAUGGUUUAUCUUAUCUUAAGCUUUAUAGGAUAUAAAAUAUACUUGAUCAAUGAUCUACCUGCUGAAAGUGCAAAUAAACUGACAUAUUACCAAAUGAUUAAAAUAACGCUACCCUUAGGACUACACGAAUUGAUAGAAAAAUGCGAAACAAAUAUUCUCAGUUUUACAGUUGCACAACUAACGCCAAAUGGAUUUACGCGGAGUAUGACACUGGCAAACGUUUACAUUCUUCAUACAUCAUUUUACUCACUGCGAAAGAUAUCAGCCAGUAUCGCAACAAUGGUACCUGCAUACCUUGCAUCUGGGGUUAACUCAUCAUUACAUUUUGACCAUGAACUGGUUAUCUGCACCUCCAUUAUUGCAUUUGUUUUAUUUUUGAUUUCAAUCUUAAUUUGCUGGAUUACUCCCAUUACAAAGGUUAUAUUUUUAUAUGUUUUUCACAUUUCUGAAGAAAAUUUUAUUGCAGUCUUCUAUCCCUUUAAGCUGUACACAUUCUGGCCAAUUAUACAAACAUUUGCCUUGUUUUCGUUCGGAAUUUUACUGCACAAGAAAGACACUAAGAUGUCAAUAGUGACUUCUGCUUGCCAGGUCAUUAUAUUGGGUUGUCUACCAUUUGCUUUAGAUCAUCUUGGAUUUGCUAUUUUACUGUCUUCGGUUAUGGCUUUGUUUACUGCUCAGUCAUUUACUGCAGGUAUACUUUUCUCAUACCUUUUUUUCAAGUAUUUAAGAAAAUCUCAAUCUCAUUUCAAGCAAGUAUGAAAUUAGUUAGUUGCUGAUAUUUUUUAUGUGUACCCUCGGAAUUACUUUAAUCAUGUAUUUGGAUCACAUUAUAUUAUUGGAAUAAAGUUAAAAAAAGGUAUUCUGUACUCCUGGUUAAUUUUUUCAAGUUUUUAUUUCGCAAUUUUUGAGAUUUUUAGGUUAUCAAUUUUUUACUUGUAUUUGAGUCAUCCUCUG